UAGGUGCCGGACAGAGAGCAGGCUCGCUUCAGACGCCGGCUGGGGCCGCAGGCUGCUCACACGGCGCUGUGCGAGCCGAGGGAAGGCACCGGGUGCCUGCAGGGCGCUUAUUUCCCUCUUCCUCCCUUCCCCUCUCCCAGCCCUCCGCCGCACCGCCGUCUGGCUGUAGCAGCUGAACCAAAAAGCAGCGCUCAGCCCCCAGCUCGUCGCUUUCCGCAGAAGCGGCGGACGAACCGAAGCAGAGAACAGUGCAGAACGGAGAGCUCCCUUUCCCCCGUACCCACCUCGGCAGCACCUCCCCGCCCGGACUGGGGGGUCUGGGAGCCGAACCCACCCCUCUCCUCCCCGGGGGGGCCGGCUCGGGGAGGCGCCGAGGCCGGGCUCCUCCUCCCAGCCUCCGCUCUCAGUCCUGGAGCGCCGCUCGGCUGCCGCCACCUGCCCCGCCGCCGAGCCGCUCGCUGCUCCGAGCCCUCCUCGGCUCCCGGGACUCCACCGAGCCUCCGCCGCCGGCCUCCCAGCCUCGCCGCGGCUCAAGCUGCCUCCGCGCUGGGCGGCGGGAGGGAAGAAGGCCGCCUCCUCUUCUUCCUCCUCCUCCUCCUCCUCCUCCUCCUCCUUCUCCUCCUCCUGCUGCCGGUCCCGCGGCGGGCAGGCGGGAUGAUGGAGCCCCGCGCCUCCCGCAGCCUCCGCCCGCUGCUCAGCCUCCUCCUGCUGCUCGGAGCCCUCUGCCUGCCGCCAGCUCUGGGAUUGUAUACAGUAAAUGCAGUAUAUGGAGACACUAUUACCAUGCCUUGUCGUCUAGAAGUACCAGAUGGUCUUAUGUUUGGAAAAUGGAAAUAUGAAAUGCCAAAUGGAUCUCCAGUAUUUAUUGCCUUCAGAUCAUCAACAAAAAAAAAUGUACAGUAUGAUGAUGUACCAGACUACAAAAACAGGUUGAGUCUCUCAGAAAACUAUACAUUAUCCAUCAGGAAUGCAAGAAUCAGUGAUGAAAAGAGAUUUGUAUGUAUGCUAGUAACAGAAGACGAUGUUUCCGAAGAGCCAACGAUAGUCAAAGUCUUCAAGCAACCUUCUCAACCAGAAAUCUUGCAUCAAGCAGACUUCUUAGAAACAGAGAAGCUAAAAAUGCUUGGAGAGUGCAUUGCAAGAGAUAGUUAUCCUGAAGGCAACAUUACGUGGUACAAAAACGGGAGAGUUUUGCAGCCUGUGGAAGAAGUUGUGGUCAUAAAUUUGCAAAAGACUGUGGACAAAUCAACUGGGCUCUUCACCAUGACAUCAUCUCUUCAGUACAUGCCAACAAAGGAAGAUGCAAACGCUAAAUUUACUUGUAGCGUGACAUAUUUUGGACCAUCUGGCCAGAAAAUGAUACAGUCUGAUCCAGUUGUCUUCAAUGUUCACUAUCCAACAGAGAAGGUGACUAUUCGAGUGCUGUCACAAAGUAGUACCAUUAAAGAAGGUGAUAAUGUCACCCUGGAGUGCUCGGGGAAUGGCAACCCUCCUCCACAGGAGUUCCUGUUUUACAUUCCAGGAGAAACAGAAGGUAUAAGAAGCUCAGAUACUUACGUAAUGGCUGAUGUGAGACGAAAUGCAACAGGAGAAUACAAGUGCUCUCUGACUGACAAAAGCAUGAUGGACGCAACCACCAUCACUGUGCACUAUCUGGAUUUGCAGCUUACUCCUAGUGGAGAAGUCACAAAACAGAUUGGAGAGGCCCUGCCUGUGUCAUGCACAAUUUCUUCUAGUAGAAAUGCAACUGUGCUUUGGAUUAAGGACAAUACCAGAAUGCAAACAAGUCCAUCAUUUUCAAGUCUGCAGUAUCAAGAUGCUGGAAAUUAUAUCUGCGAAACUACUCUACAGGAGGUUGAAGGGUUAAAGAAAAGAAAGACACUUAAACUUAUUGUGGAAGGAAAACCUCAAAUCAAAAUGACGAAGAAAACCAACACAAAUAAAAUGUCUAAAACAAUUGUCUGCCAUGUGGAAGGUUUUCCCAAACCAGCAGUGCAAUGGACAGUUACUGGCAGCGGAAGCAUCAUAAAUAAAGCAAAGGAGACCAAAUACGUUAAUGGAAAAUUUUCCAGUAAAAUUGUAAUUGCUCCUGAGGAAAACGUGACUUUAACUUGCAUUGCAGAAAAUCAGCUAGAAAGAACCGUGACCUCUUUGAACGUCUCUGCUAUAAGUAUCCCAGAAUAUGAUGAGCCAGAGGAUAGAAAUGAUGACAAUAGUGAAAAGGUUAAUGACCAGGCAAAGCUAAUAGUGGGCAUUGUAGUUGGUCUUCUGCUGGUUGCCCUGGUUGCCGGCGUUGUCUACUGGCUCUAUGUGAAGAAAUCAAAUGACGCCAAAGGAAAGUCUGAGAAGGCAGCAGCACAGAACUUUCCAAGUCUGCCGAGGACAGCAUCAAAACAUGUAGACAAAGAUCUUGGAAAUAUAGAAGAAAACAAAAAGCUAGAAGAAAACAAUCAUAAAUCUGAGACUUAAGAGACAAAAUGCGUCAGUCAUCAUUCCAGAGAAUACAUAUAGACCAAUUGAAGCAUGAACGUGGAUUGUAUUUAAACAUAUACAAAGAAGUGACAGCUAUUCAUGGUUCAAGUAUUAAACAGAUCAUACUACCAAGUUUUCGGAGGAUUUUAGACACAAUUAUCUCAAGCUAAAAAACAAAAACAAAACAACUAAUUUUGGCAACAGCCAUGAUAAUAAUAGGUCACCAUAUUGUGUUCUGUUUGAAAUAUUUUUUUGUAAAUGUCUGCACUGAAGAUUUCUUUUUUUUUUUGCCUUUAUGUAAAUUUUUUACGUAGCUAUUUUUAUACACUGUAAGGCUUUGUUCUGGGAGUUGCUGUUAUUCUGAUGUAUAGUGUAAUGGUUUUAUUUCAAUUGUUUUUAUGACACCCUUUGGGCAGGUACAUGUCUAAUUCUGAUUGUUAUCAGUGAAGCCUCUGCUUUGUAGCAAGUACCUAAAGCGUAAGAUUGUCUUAAAGGAAAAUAUCAAUCUCCUUUUUCAUUCUUAGAAAUCACAGUAAAGAAGAAGGGUGACAGCUGUGACAAAAAUAAACUAAGCUGCUAAUAAAAGUGAAAAUUAAAGAAAGCCAAACAAAGGUAAACAGCCAGAAAGGGAAUUAAAUUUCUAUGGAAAAGGCUGGGUAUUAAACAAGGAACACAAUGAAAAAUUCUUAGCCUAUGUGCAGAUGGUGGUUAGUAAUUCUUUUCUUCUAGAGCAAGACGUGCAUUUUAUUGAUACAUUACCUGUUGUCUUUCAUGUUAGAAUUAGGAUAGGGAACUGGAAUUCUGGAUUGAUUUUGAUUCCUUUACGUUAUCCGCUGCCUUAAAGUACUGUACCUUUUAUUCAUUUCAAAAAGAUAUCAGUCAGAAUUGGAGACUUUUUAAAAAAAAAAAAAGAGAAAAAAAGUGGUCAUAUCAAAGCUGCAUUUUUUUUCCACAAAAAUAGAAUAUAUAUAUUUUUUGUGUGUUUUUGUUAACUAUGCUACAGAUAUUGAAUGCACCUUGAGAUAAUUUUAGUGUUUUUAACUGGUACUUAAUUUAUCAAACAGUACAUAUAAUUGUAACAAUGAAAUGUCUAUGUAUCUUUAGUUACAUUCAAGUUUGUAACUUUAUAAACAUGUUUUAUGCUUGAGGAAAUUUUUAGAAUGGUACUGAUAAGAAAAUGUUUUGGCGUAAAUGGCCAAUAGAAAAUUGUACUGAAGGGGGAAAAGUUUCAUCUUUUUGGAAGGUUAGUUUCUGGAAGAAAGUAAUAGGCAGCUUUGAUGAAGAGGAACUGUAGAGCAAGCAGAACAUCAGGUUUCCAUUUACAAAUAUCCAGGGAAAAGUAUGUUUUUAUAGACUGGUAGGCAAAAAAAAUAAAUAAAAGAAAGAAAGAGAUGGACGUUAGGAAAUGUAUUUUGCCACUUUUGCAUUAUUUAGGGGGAAGAAAACACUGUUACUUGUAAAUUUGUAAAAUGUUACAUGUCUGGGCAGUAGUGACUGAUGUCUUAAUAAAAGCUUCCUGUAGUGCAUUGGCAUGGAUUAAAUACAUAAGAUGUCCUAUAAACUCUAUGCUGUAUAAAAUAAUAGAGGGAAAUCCUGUUAUAUGCCUCUAAACUCUGAUUUGUUACUGUUUUAUUUGGCAAAAAGAAAAAAAUUAUAAUCUUGGUCAAUAUUUAAACCAAAGUAAAAUGGGGUAAAAAACCAAAGUAAUUUGUUUUGCAUGGCUAAGCCAUUAUGUUAUCUCUGUAAAUAUUGUGAUUUUUUUUUUUAGAAUUUUGUUAAAAAAAAUUCUAAAAUUUUUAAACACCUGUUUUUCCAAAAUAAAACGUGAACACACAAAAAAGUUACUUUAUAUACAAAUAUAUCCUUUUCUUUUGGUGCGAGAACACUGCCAAGUGAUACAUAUUUUUUAAAAAAGAUGCAGUGGGCAUGACUCUAAACAGGAAAAGCUGUAACAGAAUGCGGUGAAGGAGUAUGCAAAAAUCAACUGUCUUUGUUUAUAACACUACAAAUUGUUCUUAAAUACAGAGAAGAAACCUCCAAAGAUCAUCAGGGAAAGCAUAGGGAAGGGUUGAAAAUGUUCAUACCACUGUCUUGGGAAUGUGGGGGAAGAAGAGAAGAAAAAGUCCUUCGACUUCCACAGCUAUGAGAAAGGAAUUAAAACACCGUCUCAUCUUUUGGGAUUCUGCUAGAUCUCCUAUGCACUUUAAAUCGUCAGUCCUGGGAGCCGGGUUUUUCACUGCUCCACGUUCACUAUAGGCACGUUUCAAGAACCAAGAGUGCAAAAAAAUUAAUGUUUCUAUCCAUGCCUAAACAACAAUAAAACCGAAGUAUGUCUUCA